AUGACGUUCGGGGGCCACGAGAGCGCAGGAACCAGCGCUGCUCGGAAGCUCCAGCUCUCCCCCGUGAAACUGUCCGAGCUCCACGCAGACCUGAAAAUGCAAGAGAGAGAGGAGUUUGCCUGGAAGAAGCUGAAGGCUGAGGGCCUCGACGCAGACGGAGAGAGAGCAGCCAAGCUCCUACGCAACCUCAGCGUGAUCCUGGCCAAGUACGGCCUGGACGGCAGGAAGGACGCCCAGGCCGUGAACAGCAACUACCUCAGCGACACCGCCGAGGACGACAGCCUGGGAGACCCCAAGCUGGAGAAGCUGUGGCACAAGGCGAAGAGCUCGGGGAAGUUCUCCAGCGAGGAGCUGGCCAAGCUGUGGCGGGAGCUCCAGCACCACAGGGAGAAAGUGCACGAGUACAACGUCCUGCUGGAUGCCCUGAGCAGAACCGAAGGUGCGCGCGAGACCUGUGCUUCCCGAGGGCACCGGACACACGCAUGUCCAGACGUGCACGCUGCCCCGGGCAUCAUGGGGGGUGCCGCCAGAGUCACCCGGCCUGCUUCUGCCUUUCUGCCAGAGUUCGAGGAACCCCGAGUGAUAGAUCUGUGGGACAUGGCCAAGUCCGCCAACUUCACUGAGAAGGAGCUAGAGUCCUUUCGGGAGGAGCUUAAGCACUUUGAAGCCAAAAUUGAAAAGCACAACCACUACCAGAAGCAGCUGGAAAUCUCUCACCAGAAACUGAAGCACGUGGAGAGCUUUGGGGACCAAGAGCACGUGAGCCGGAACAAAGAGAAAUACGCCAUGCUGGAGGAGAAGACCAAGGAGCUGGGCUACAAGGUGAAGAAGCACUUCCAGGACCUGUCGGGCCGCAUCUCCAGAGCGCGCCACAACGAACUCUGAAGGCCGGGGAGGAGCGGGGCGCCGGGCGGGGUCUGCCCAAGGACGGGCCCAGGCGCUCCGUGGCGGCGCUUGACGCGAACAGAACCUUGGAGGAGGCGUGCCGGGGACUGGCCGGGCGUCCGUGGUGCGGGAGGACGGCUCCGACUCCCCGAGUGCCCGAUGGGGGCGUGUCGGACUCGUGAAUCUGCCCCUGGAG